AGAACAUUAUAUUUCCUGUUUCCGUUAUCUAUUGUACGAAAUUAAAAAAAACAAAAUUGUUUUGUUUGUUCAACUCUAUAUAAACAAAGAAUCUGCAUUUUUGGUUUCUUUUCAAUUCUAAACGGUAUACGGACGUAAUUUAUGAUGGCGGCAACAAAACUUUUAUUUGGGCUUAUUUUUUGUUUUUCUUAUAUUAAUUGUGAAAGAUUUCCCGAGUGCAUUGGCAGAUCAAAUCGAAGUUAUGUGACCAGUAAUAACCGAAAAAAAGAUUGUCGGUCAUUUAUAUUUUGUGAUGGAGAAAAUUCUUUUGAAGGUUUAUGUCCCGAAGGAUUAGCAUUCAAUCCUGAACAGCUAGCUUGUGGUCCUAAGGAAAGUUUUCAAUGCAAAAAUGAUGAUAAUGGAAUAUCUAUCCAAUCAGAAUCUUUUAAAGUUGAUAACUCAAAAAACCUCAUUGUCACAGCUAAACAUCAUCUAAAUCCAACAUUAAGACCUUCAACACCAAAAAGUUCUCCAACGAAAACAAAUUCAAGAAAAAAUUCCAACCGACCUAUCCCAACAAGACGAAAAACUUCUUUGCCACCAAAGAUGCCAAGCAAAAAGCCAUCUACAACAGCUCCAAAUACAAUAACAACUAGAAUUCAUGAGUUGUGUUUAAGUAAGUCGGUUGGAAGACUUUCCUAUCCAAAUGAUUGUCGUUACUAUUUUCGUUGCAUGAGAGGAGUUUUGAACAAACGAGAAUGUCCUGAAUAUAGUCUUUUUUAUUUGAUAUAAAAAAUGACUUGCAAAGAAAAAAGUUUUGCUGCCACAUGAAUAAUUACUUCCGUUUAAUGUAUUUAAGUUCAUAAUAAUUACUAAGUGAUAUACCAUUUAAUUUAAUUUUAGUAUUUAAAAUUAAAGUUAUGUUCAAAUAUAUUUAAGAAAAAUUUAAAGUUAACCAACUAAAAUUUUGAAAUGUA